CUCGGUGAAGGGGUAAAAUAGGCAGGUGAGAUCCUAGAAGAGGUUUCCUCCACCCGGAGCCUAUAUGGCCUCCAGCGCCCUGUAGACCUGGCGGUCCCCCAGUGCUUACGGCCCCUAUUUGGGGGUCUGGGUGGCUACUGGAGAGCCUUGCGGAGGGGCAGAGAAGGCAGAACCAUGGCAUCUAGGGCCUCUGAACGUCCCCCGGGGCGCAGCGUGACGGCGGGCAUCAUCAUUGUUGGAGAUGAGAUCCUCAAGGGACAUACUCAGGACACAAACACCUACUUUCUGUGCCGGACAUUGCGCUCUCUGGGAGUCCAGGUUUGCCGAGUCUCUAUUGUACCUGAUGAGGUAACCACCAUUGCAGCUGAGGUCACCUCUUUCUCCAACCGCUUCACCCACGUCCUCACUGCAGGGGGCAUCGGCCCCACUCAUGAUGAUGUCACUUUUGAGGCAGUGGCACAGGCCUUUGGGGAGGAGCUCAAGCCACACCCUGAGCUGCAAGCAGCCAUCAAAACCCUAGGAGGGGAGGGCUGGGAGAAACUGUCGCUGGUGCCCUCCUCUGCCCGCCUGCAUUACGGUAUAGAUCCUCGCACUGGCUGCCCCUUCAGAUUCCCAUUGGUCUCCGUCCGAAACGUCUACCUCUUCCCAGGCAUUCCGGAGCUGCUGCGGCGGGUGCUAGAGGGGCUGAAGGGGCUGUUCCAAAAUACAGCUGUGCAGUUCCACUCAAAGGAGCUGUAUGUGGCUGCUGCCGAGACCUCUAUCGCCCCCAUCCUAGCUGAGACCCAGACCCACUUUGGGCAUAGGCUUGGCCUGGGUUCCUACCCUGACUGGGGCAGCAACUACUAUCAGGUGAAGCUGACUCUAGACUCUGAGGAAGAAGAGCCCUUGGAGGAAUGUCUGGCCUACCUGACAGCCCGUCUGCCCGAGGGAUCACUGGUCCCCUACACGCCUAAUGCUGUGGAACAGGCCGGUGAGGCUGUAUACAAACUUGCUGAAUCAGGGUCUUCUCUGGGAAAAAAGGUAACAAGCGCCCUUCAGACCAUUGAGACUGCCUUAGAUCGGUACCACCUCAACCAGCUCUGUGUGGGCUUCAACGGGGGUAAGGACUGUACAGCCCUCCUGCACCUCUUCUAUGCAGCUGUGCAGAGGAAAUUUCCUGAUGUUCCAAAACCUCUCCAGAUCCUGUAUAUUCGCAGCAUCUCUCCUUUCCCUGAGCUGGAACAGUUUCUACAAGACACCAUCAAGAGGUAUAAUCUGCAGGUGUUGGAGGCUGAGGGUGACAUGAAGCAGGCCCUGAGUGAAUUGCAGGCACAGCACCCCCAACUGGAGGCUGUCCUGAUGGGCACCCGACGGACCGACCCCUACUCUUGUAGCCUCUGCCCUUUCAGUCCCACUGACCCCAGCUGGCCUUCCUUCAUGCGCAUCAACCCACUGCUGGACUGGACCUACAGAAACAUCUGGGACUUUCUGCGUCAGCUGUUUGUCCCAUACUGUAUCCUAUAUGAUCGAGGCUAUACAUCACUGGGGAGUCAGGAGAACACAGUGCAGAAUCCGGCCCUGAAGUGCCUGAGUCCAGGAGGGCACCUUACCUACCGUCCUGCAUACCUACUUGAGAAUGAAGAGGAGGAGCGGAACUCCCGCACAUGACCUUGCACAGGGGAAGAAGGGAAGGCGGCCGGCCUGGGGUGUAACCUGUCAAUAAACCAUGCCUCUCACUGUGA